AGGCCGUCAGUCAGUGAUUGGCUGAUGGGCAUCUCGCCUUUCACCACAUCGGAAGAGAAAGAUUCCAGAUCUUGAGAAAGAGAGGAGAACAGAGGCAGGGAGUCUCAGGAGGAGGAGGAGAAGGAGGAGGAGGAGGAGGAAGACUUGAGGAGGAUUGCCACCGACAUCUUGUGCUCUUCUCUCUCUCUCUCUCUUUCUCUAUCUCUCUCCGUCCCCGUCCCAGUACAGAAGGAAACUGAAUCGAGUUCAUCAGACGGUGAAGUCUAUCCCUGCCAGUCUAAAAAGGAGUGAACAAACUCUUUCUUUCAAUGAAGAAGGUGCAUUGAUCGUGUUCAACGGCUCAACAGGCUGAUUAACAGUGCUCGCUCUGGGUGUUUCGUUGUGUCGUUAGUAUAAUUUUUUCUUACCUCUGCGGAGCCUUGCUCGUCCCGGGGCGUGUUUCUGUGCGAUCCCGCCUCUGUGAUUGGGUAGAUCGGGAGUGGGCGUGGCCUGUGAAGCGUCAUGGCGGACCCCAUCAUGGACCUGCUGGACGACACGCCGCUCUUCAGCCUGGACGCGCUGCCCGAGGCCUUCACCCACGGCAACUCGGACCCCGUGGAGGAGGCACUCAAGCUGGCGCUGGGGCAGUGUGGAUCUGCCCUCGCCCUCCCCCUCUCCCGCCCCCGCCCCUGCCCCGUCCCCGACCGUGCAGGUGUCCCUGGCGUCCGCCAUGCCGGUGACGAUGCAGUCCGUCGUCGCUGCACAGGGCAUGCCCUGUGGUCAGCAGCUCCGGGCCAGACGACCGUCCUGCUCAGCUCCCCCCUGACCACCACGCAGGCCCAGCAGGGCGCCCCCAAAAUAGUCAUCCUGAAGGGCCCACAGGUGGCAGGCCAGGUGCUGCAGGGCUUGGCCGGGACCGGGGGCUCCCCCGGCGGGAAGCUCACCAUCGCCCGCGUGCUGACGGGGACCCCGCUGCGGCGCUUGUCCAUCGUUUCCGGGGGGACGGUUUUGAACGCGACGCAGACGCCGGCGCCCCAGGGCCAGGUGAAGGUGGGCACGGGCGUGCAGCGGCUGGUGCAGUCCCCAACGGGCCGCUGAAGGCAGGUGCUGCUGACCUCUGCUGCCCAGACGCAGAUGCAGACGCAGAUGCAGACGCCGCAGGUCCAGAUCCACACCCAGCCGCAGGUCCAGAUCCACACCCAGCCGCAGGUCCAGAUCCAGACUCAGAUGCAGCUGCAGACGACCCAGGCACAGCUGCAGACUGCGCAGGUGCAGACACAGUCCGCCGGAGUCCGGCCGCAGGGAGUCACCCUGACCACUGUGCCGCAGCAGGGUGAGGCGAAGCGGAUCACUCUGGUUCUGCAGCAGCCGGCCCAGGCGGGGCAGGGCGGGGCCGUGGCUGUGGGGGGGCGCGGGUCAGGCAGCAGCAGCCGGCUGGUUCUGGGGUCCCUCCCGGGGAAGCUGAUCCUCCAGGGGGGCCAGCUGGCUGCACUGACCCAGGCCAGGCAGGGCAGACCGGGCACCCAGCCCAAAGUGCUCACCAUCCAGCUGCAGGUGCAGCAGCAGCCCAACGCACAGGGGGCCAAGUUUCAGCUGGUCUCUGGAGCCCUCGGUGGCAGCCCCCAGGUGGUGCAGAUCUCGCAGGGGCAGGGCGGCCAGAGGCUGGCUGUGCCCUACUCCCUCUCCCUCUCCCCGCAGGCCGGGUCCUCCACAGCAGGGGGCGCCGUCUCAGUGGUGAAGGUCAUCACACGUCUGCGGCCCGGCUCGGCGGCGCUCACCACCACCACGGCCUCGUCGGCCGCCGCAGCCUCGCGCUCCAAGGCCCAGGAGCCCCUGCGGCGCGUGGAGACGCUGUGCAAGCAGGAGAAGGCCAACCGCAUCGUGGCCGAGGCCAUCGCCCGCGCCAAGGCCCGCGGCGAGCGCAACAUCCCGCGCGUGCUCAACCAGGACGAGCUCCCCCCAACGCCGACGCCGCCGCCGCCGCCGCCGGCCUGGCCACGCCCGAGUCUGGGCGGGGCGCUGCCCGGCUCCGCCCCCGCGGGGAAGAAGAAGGGCGUGAGGGGGCGGGGGCCAAGAAGAAGAGCCCUCGGCGGCGGGGAAGGGUGGGGCCGGGCGGGGGCGGCGGCGGCGACAGAAGGGCAAGGCCAAGGCCGCGCCCGGGGGUGUGGCGGGGGGCGGGGCCGCCGGGGGCGGGCGCGGUCGAGGGGCGGGGGCCGGCGGGAUACGAUCACUCCAGUCGGGGGGAAGAAGAGGAAGAGGACGGGGUCGUCGGAUCACUCUGAGGGGGAGCUGAGCCCCCCCGCCUCCCCCCGCACCCUGGAGGAGGACAUGCUACAGAAGAGGCGCUCCAACCGGCAGGUGAAGAGGAAGAAGUACACGGAGGACCUGGACAUCAAGAUCACGGACGACGAGGACGAGCAGGACGAGGACGUGGACGUGACCUCCAUGGCGGGGGCCCCCGCGGUGGGGCCCGGGCCCUCGCUGGGGGGGGCCCAGCUGCAGCACGACCUGCCCGCGGUCGACGGGGACGGCCUUCCCAGCAUGCCGUUCUUCGUGGAGAAUCCCAGCGAGGAGGAUGCUGCUAUAGUAGACAAAGUGCUGUCCUUGAGAAUCACCAAGAAAGAGAUCUCUCCUGGACAGUACAUGAAUGUGGAGGAGUUCUUUGUCAAAUACAAGAACUACUCGUAUAUGCACUGUGAGUGGGCCACGUUGGAGCAGUUGGAGAGGGAUAAGAGAAUUCACCAAAAGCUCAAGCGCUUUAAGACCAAGAAAGCCCAGAUGAGGCACAUCUUUCAGGAGGACGAGGAGCCCUUUAACCCCGACUACGUGGAGGUGGACCGCAUCCUGGACGAGUCUCACAGUGUGGACAAGGACAACGGAGAGCCUGUAGUGUACUUCCUGGUGAAGUGGUGCUCCCUGCCGUAUGAAGACGCCACCUGGGAGCUGCGGGAGGACGUGGACGAUACCAAGGCUGACGAGUUCCGCAAGAUCGAGGCGCGCCCGGCGCGGCUGAAGAGGACGCCCCGCCCCCCCGCGAGUGCCUGGAAGAAGCUGGAGGAGACGCACGAGUAUAAGAACGGGAACACGCUGCGGGAGUACCAGCUGGAGGGGGUCAACUGGCUGCUCUUCAACUGGUACAACAGGCAGAACUGUAUCCUGGCGGACGAGAUGGGCCUGGGGAAGACGAUCCAGUCGAUGGCGCUGCUGUCUGAGGUGUACGCUGCCGGGGUGCAGGGCCCCUUCCUCAUCAUCGCCCCGCUCUCCACCAUCACCAACUGGGAGCGCGAGUUCGCCAGCUGGACCGACAUGAACGCCAUCGUGUACCACGGCAGCCUGGCCAGCCGGCAGAUGAUCCAGCAGUACGAGAUGUACUGCAAGGACGACAAGGGUCACCUGAUCCCCGGGGCGUAUAAGUUUGACGCGCUCAUCACCACGUUUGAGAUGGUGCUGUCGGACUGCCCCGAGCUGCGGGAGAUCUCCUGGCGCUGCGUGGUCAUCGACGAGGCCCACCGGCUCAAGAACCGCAACUGCAAGCUGCUCGACAGCCUCAAGAUGCUCGACCUGGAGCACAAGGUGCUGUUAACGGGCACUCCUCUGCAGAACACGGUGGAGGAGCUCUUCAGCCUGCUCCACUUCCUGGAGCCGGCCCAGUUCCCCUCGGAGACCGAGUUCCUGCGUGAGUUCGGCGACCUCAAGACCGAGGAGCAGGUGCAGAAGCUGCAGUCCAUUCUGAAGCCCAUGAUGUUGCGCAGACUGAAGGAGGACGUGGAGAAGAACCUGGCGCCCAAACAGGAGACCAUCAUCGAGGUGGAGCUGACGGAUGUGCAGAAGAAGUACUAUCGCGCCAUCCUGGAGCGCAACUUCAGCUUCCUGAGCCUGGGGGCCACUCAGAACAGCAACGUGCCCAACCUGCUCAACACCAUGAUGGAGCUGCGCAAGUGCUGCAACCACCCCUACCUCAUCACAGGCGCGGAGGAGAAGAUCGUGGCAGAACUGCGGGAGGUGUACGACCCGCUGGCCCCGGACUUCCACCUGCAGGCCCUGGUGCGCUCGGCGGGGAAGCUGGUGCUCCUCGACAAGCUGCUGCCUCGGCUGAAGGCCGGGGGCCACAAAGUGCUCAUCUUCUCCCAGAUGGUGCGCUGCCUCGACAUCCUGGAGGACUACCUCAUACACAAGAGGUACCUGUACGAGCGCAUCGACGGCCGCGUGCGGGGGAACCUGCGUCAGGCCGCCAUCGACCGCUUCAGCAAGCCCGACUCGGACCGCUUCGUCUUCCUGCUCUGCACCCGCGCCGGCGGGCUGGGCAUCAACCUGACCGCGGCCGACACCUGCGUCAUCUUCGACUCGGACUGGAACCCCCAGAACGACCUGCAGGCCCAGGCGCGGUGUCACCGAAUCGGACAGUCCAAGGCGGUGAAGGUGUACCGGCUGAUCACCAGGAACUCGUACGAGCGGGAGAUGUUGGACAAGGCCAGCCUGAAGCUGGGCCUGGAUCGCGCCGUGCUACAGAGCAUGGGCGGCAACAAGGACGCCAGCAUCAACGGGAUCCAGCAGUUCUCGAAGAAGGAGAUCGAGGACCUGCUGCGCAAGGGCGCGUACGCGGCCAUCAUGGACGAGGGCGACGAGGGCAGCCGCUUCUGCGAGGAGGACAUCGACCAGAUCCUGCAGCGCCGAGCCACCACCAUCACCAUCGAGAGCGAGGGCAAGGGCUCCACCUUCUCCAAGGCCAGUUUUGUGGCCUCUGAGAACAGGACGGACAUUGCGCUGGACGACCCUGAGUUCUGGCAGAAAUGGGCCAAGAAAGCCGACAUCGACUACGCCACCAUCAACAGGAAGAACACGCUGGUGAUUGACACGCCGCGCGUGAGGAAGCAGACGCGUCAGUACUCCACGCUGCGCGGGGAGGGCGGCGCCGAGCUCUCGGACCUGGACAGCGAUGAGGAGUACCCACCCCACAGCUCCCGACACGCCCGUUCCUCCCGCCGGUCCGAGCGCCACUGUGGGUCCGGAUACGGCCGGACCGACUGCUUCCGCGUGGAGAAGCACCUGCUGGUCUACGGGUGGGGGCGCUGGCGGGACAUCCUGUCGCACGCGCGCUGUAAGCGCAGGCUGGGAGAGCGAGACGUGGAGACCAUCUGCAGGGUGAUCCUGGUCUUCUGCCUGCUGCACUACCGCGGGGACGAGAACAUCAAGAGCUUCAUCUGGGAGCUCAUCACCCCGCCCGAGAACGGCCGUGCCCCCCACACCCUGCUCAACCACUCCGGUCUGUCCAUCCCCGUGCCCCGGGGCAGGAAGGGGAAGCGUGUGAAGGCUCAGAGCUCGUUCGAUGUGCAGAAGGUGGAGUGGAUCCGCAAGUACAACCCCGACGCCCUGCUGCUGGACGACGGAUAUCGCAAACACCUCAAACACCAGUGCAACAAGGUGCUGUUGCGCGUGCGGAUGCUGUACUACCUGAGGCAGGAGGUGAUCGGAGACCACGCCGACCACGUGCUCCGCGGAGUCGAUGCCAGGGAUGUGGAUAUCUGGAUGCCGGAGAUGGAGCUUCAGGAAGUGCCGUCUCGCUGGUGGGACACAGAAGCAGACCGAUCUCUGCUCGUUGGAGUCUUCAAACACGGAUAUGAGAUGUACACCACGAUGCGAGCCGACCCCUGCCUGUGUUUUUUGGAAAGAGUCGGUCGCCCCGACGACCAGGCUAUCGACGCUGAGCAGCACUCUGGAGACGCAGAGAUGGGAGACGGGGGAGAUUUUGACAAGUACUCGGAGGACCCCGAGUUCAAGCCGUUGAGGAGGCAGUACAGAGACCCGUACGAUGAGGCAGACUCCCUGGCGCCGGACGAGGAGAUCUGCGUGGAGGACCGGGCGGGGGAGGAGGCGGGGCCGGCGGGGCCCACGGGGGCGUGCGAUUGGCCGACGGGCUCGUCUCUGACGGCGCGCCUGCGCAGGCUGAUCACGGCGUACCAGCGGAGCUACCGCCGCGAGCAGCUGAAGAUGGAGGCGGCGGAGAAGGGCGACCGGCGGAGGCGCCGCUGCGAACAGGCCUCCAAGCUGAAGGAGAUCGCCCGGCAGGAGCGGCAGCAGAGGUGGACGCGGCGGGAGGAGUGUGAUUUUUACCGCGUGGUCUCCACGUUCGGCGUGGAGCGCGUGAAGGCGGAGGAGGGCGCGGUGCCCGAGGGCGGGGCCACGGAGCUGGACUGGAACCGCUUCCGUACCUUCGCCCGUCUGGACAAGAAGACGGACGAGAGCCUGACGCGCUACUUCAGGAGCUUCAUGGCCAUGUGCCGGAGGGUGUGUCACCUGCGCCCCACACCUGGAGAGGACCCCUCCCUGCUGUCCCAGUCGCUGGCGCCCAUCACAGAGGAGCGGGCGUCGCGGACGCUGUACCGGAUCGGUCUGCUGCGGAGGCUGCGUGAGCGCGUGCUGCCCCACCCCCUGCUGCAGGACCGCCUCCUGCUGGCCCCGCCCUCCGCCGACCUGCCCGCCUGGUGGCUCCUCCCCCAGCACGACCAGCAGCUGCUCCUGGGCGCCUGUCGCCACGGCGUCAGCCGCACCGAGCUGUCCAUCUUCCCCGACACCGCCUUCUCCUUCAGCCAGGCCCGCCUGGACUUCCUGCAGGCCACGGCGGCCGCCUCGCGCAGCUCCACCCCCGGCCCCGCCCCUCCGCAGGGGCAGGGGGAGGCGCCCCGGGGGCCGAUCAAGGAGGAGGGGGAGGAGACUGAGUUGGGGGCGGAGUCACGGCUGCUCGUCGGGGAGGGGUCCGGGGAGAAGGGGGUGGAGUCUCCGGCCCCGAAGCCCCGGGGCGGCCGGGCCGGGUGGGGCUGGAAGAAGUGCCGAACAGGGAGGGGGGGCCGGCGCAGGGAGGGGGAGGGCGGACCGUCCGACACGGAGUCGGAUUCGGACUCUGACUCCUCCGGCUCCUCCCGCCGGAGCGGCAGCUCGGAGGAGAGCGGAGACAGCGACACGGAAGGGCGGAGGGCCCGGGACCCGCUGAAGCUGUGUGAUGUGGAUGAGAACAGCGUCCUCUCCCUGACAAACUCCCAGGAUGGAGCACCCCCCGAUUCAGCCAGCGACCCACUGAGAGCCGAUUGGCCCAAGGACCGGGUGCUGAUAAACCGAUUGGACAGCCUCUGCACGGCGGUGCUGACCGGCUCCUGGCCCGCGGGGCGCCGGCACGCCCCCGAGCCCCAGCCCAACCCGCCGCCCGGGGAGGGCGAGGCCGAGGAGGCCGGCUACACCCGCCUGAUCCGCAAGAACAGCGGCGGCGCCCCUGCUGGGGAGGAGGCCGAAGAGCAGGACACUGAGUUCACCGUCAAACUCCUGAAGGAGGAGGGGCUGAAGUUGACCUUCUCUAAACAAGCCUUGAUGCCCAACGGCUCGGGCGGAGAGGGGAGUGGCCGCCGGAAACGCAGAGACCUGGAGCUGCCGGACCCCGACGGGCCGAGCCCGCUGCAGGCUGCCGAGAGCGUCCCGCGCCGCCGGGACCUGCCCGACUGGCUGAAGGACGAGGGAGACUGUGACAUGCUGGAGCUGCUGGCAAACAGCCGGGGUCAGAGGAAGAGGAGGAGAAGGAAGAAGAGUGAAAAGAUGAAGGACAUGACUGCCCUCACGGGCAGCGAGCGAGUGAAGAUCAUUGACCUCAGGACGGGCAGAAAGUUGGGGAGCAUGCUGGGACCAGUGCUGCAGGAUCUGAAGGACUUUCUAGAGGAGAACCCUGACUACGCCGUCGCACCAGAAUGGGCCGAGGGUGUCCGCAACUCCGGCUUUCUUCCAAACAGCUUGUUCCAUAGGCUGCUCUCCCCGCACCACGCUGGACCUAAAAGAGGCCGCCCCUGCCCCCCGGCGCCUCAGUCCCAGCUCGAGGACCCGCUGCUGGGGGGGGUGGCAGGCGAGACCCUGGUCUCCGACGGGGCCUACAUGAUGGAGGAUGAAGACCUCGACGACAGCGGCGGAAUCGCUUCCUCCCACCACUUCCUGUCGCCCGCCUUCAGCGUCAAGAUGGAGGGCGGCGCUCUGCAGAUGGACGGCGGCGACAGCCUAUCGCAGGGCGGCUACGAGAGCUCAGACAGGGAGGCGGCCAUCUUGGAUGACGUCAUAAUGGGGCCCAAAAAUUCAGACUCUUCGUCCAGCUGUGAAGAUUGAGCGACUGUUCCUUUCCUCCCCCAAUCGAUCAUGAUCCUUCACUUGCCCUUAUUCUAUUCCUCAUGCUUUAUUUUUAUUACUGUUGUUAUUAUUAUUAUUAUUAUUAUUAUAAAUGUUGAUGAAUUAUGGAUGGAUUUGGUUUGGGCUCUUUCUUUUUUUUUUUUUUUUCAGUUUUUUUUCUACAUAGUUAUAUGAAAUGAGCAGUUCAUUCUUUCAGGUUUACACCCACCUUCUCCCCUUGCGCCUCUGUUCUCAUCCUUGGACCCUGCCCCACCCCGCCCCGCCCCGCCCCGCCCUGCCGUGCCCCCCUCCGAAGGCUUGUGGCCUCUACCGAGGGUUUCGGGGCCAGCAUCGCCCUGCGGGAUGCCCUGAUUCCCAUAAUCCUCUGGGCCAGACGUCACUGUUGGUUGGAGGAGAGAAUCCAGAGAAUCUGCAGACAAGUCUCUUUGUGUGCAUCUGUCUGAUUGUGGGAUAAAACUGUUUCAGUUUGGAGUGGAGGGGUGGGGUACAAACUCUUGCUGGAGGAAA